UCAUUGAAUACAAGCAUUGAAUCUCAUUCUUCCCGACGGCACCCGACGGACAGGUGGACGGAGACUCGUUGCGAGGCAUCUGUUUCGUAGGUGUGCUAAAGCCAGUGAUGCGGAUCUGCUUCGUGUUGGUGCCGAUGACCAUAUCGGUGACCAUCGGCUGCUAUUAUAUGUUCAAAUCGAUGCUAACACUGAUUAAAGUGAAACUCAUAAACCGAACCCGAAGUAACAGCAAUCGGUCCAAAAGCAAAAAGAUUGAGCACAUGAUCAUCCGAAUAGGUCUUUACGUAUUGUCUUCUGUGAUCGGUUUGAUUGUCACAUACGUGUCCCAUAUCUAUGAAUUCACGCACUCAUCCCAAUGGAGGACAUCAUUGAACGAUUACAUUAUGUACGCAUACCAUACCUGCGCUCCCACUAUAGUAUGUACGCUAAACAUGACCGCAGCUCUGGGACAGCCGAUGGGUUACCAAUCAACAGAAGGGGUCGGCGGCACCACAUUAGCCGAGACGGACAGCGCAGUGGCCAGCUUGACUGUGAUCUUCGGGGCCGCCGUCUGCACGAGCUCUUGGGUGUGGACGGGAAACUCGUUGCGCGGUUGGCGUCGAUUCAUGAAACGGCAUUUGAAGCCCGACCACACGUAUCCCAUACGGAUUAAGCCGCACGAGACUAUCGCCAAAACGUACGGCCGCCGCAACCAACUAUCGCAGGGCUGUUACUCGCCGUCGUUCCAGUCGAUGCACUCGGACCCGGUGGCCAUGAACCUCAACUCGGCGGUCAGCCAGGACUUGUCGGCCACGUUCGCCGGCGCACUGCCCAACUUGAUGUACCGGCGCGGCGCCGUUGCGGGCGAUCGUAGCACCGAUGCGGCCACUAUUGCCGGUCAGAAUCACUAUUUGCCUAACUUUGUGGGCACCCGGCACUCGUCCAACAGCGAUGUCAGUCAACAGCAAUCGUACGACUCGUACCGCCGAUCGCUGGACAGCCAGUACUCGAUAGAAAUGGUGGCAAUGGAUCGCCACAAACACCGCAAGACCCGUAAGGAGCGCGAAAAGUUGCUCAAACCAAAGGGCAAUCCACACCAUCAUCGACGCCGCGGCAGCGAUACCUCCGGAAGUGUUAUAUCGACCGCACUGGCCGUUAGGGCGUUCCAGAAGGCGGCCAAAUCCGAAUGCAAGAGCACCAGUACCAGGGAUUUGAUGCAAUUACCACUUUCACCGCUGCCGCACACACUGUUGCCGCAGUUGACGCCGCAGCUCAUCGCCAAUCCCUUCAUGACUCCGCCCAUCUGUUCGCCGGCGGGCUUCGCAAUGCCAGUGCCCUCUGCGCAGUCAUCGCACUCGACCCUAUCAUUCAUGCCGCCAACGAUACCGCCCUUUAUUCGGCCUAAAGUCAAGCCGAACCCUAACGCCAGCACCAGUUUUACGUUCACUCACGGCAUGUCCGACCAGUCCUCUCAUCUAAUCAAUCCGUUGCUGGAAAAGCGACGGCCGGACAGUUGCCUACCGCCCGGCGGUCACCCCCUUCCGAGCAACAGCUCGCUAACAGUGCAACAGUCGCUCAACACCACACCCAACGGCUCCGUACAGCCGGUGGGCAACAAUUUGGGGCUACAGUACGCCCCCAGCGCUAACUACGGCAUGCCUUUCAUGGCCAACAACGGUAUGCCGUUUAUGGCGCCGAACCCCCAGUCCCUCAACUAUUACACGCAACCCAUGAACGCCGCCUUCGGUUACGGCAACCUUCUGGUCAACAGCCAGACCGGGCAGUCGUUUCCCAACUACACCCCCUUUGGACCGUCACCUCUGCCUCAACCCGGACUCCCAUUCCCCGCCUAUCCGGCGUUCCCUCCGUACCCGUCGGCCGCCCAACCAUUACCGCCACAACAGCCGCAACAGUGCGCCAACAUUCAAGACGUACAGGAGCUGAUGAGACAACGGGAAGCGUUCCUCAGUAUCUGUCUGCCGCACCGGCGGUCAGACACGGCCAGCGAACCGGACGCCAACUACUUAAACAUAGUGCUGUCCGACUCGGAGGGCAUCUACUCACCCGAUCCGGGCUCACGAAACGAGGGCCUAAUCACCGCUCAACAGUUGGUCGACGAACACAUCCAACGCGUAGAGGCGGCCGCCGCGGCCAACACGUCGUCCGCCUUAGCGCCUGUCGCCGGCAAUAGCGGCCACAACGAGACGAUUGUGGGCGCACUCGGAGGCCAGGGUCUGGACAUGGAGUCCAAUGGUCUGAUGGAACCCAAGGCCAGCAAAAGCGAGUCGAAGCGGAGGAAUAAGAAAAAGGCGGCCAAAAAGCAUAAGAAUAGCAACGGAACGGCCGGUGCGACGGCGGCCGUCCAUAACAGCGCUAAUAAUAGCAAUAAUAAUAAUAAUGCAAAUGAUGUUAAAGACAAUGAAUGCGACGAACAGAACCCCCUUAUGGGCGGCGCCGACACCGCCGGAGCCGACGACGAACCGAAUCAUUAG